CUCUGCUGACCAAAGACAAGGUAGGGCGGCGUCUCUCUCCUGACCAACCCCAAGGUGCAGGACGGCUCAUGGCGAUGGAAAUGGACCCCGAGGCCGGCGUUCGCCCGCUCGAACGCACCAGCAGCACGAUCGCGAGUGCCACCAGCGUCGAGUGGUCCAGCCUCAGCGUGACGGUAAAGGGCAAGACCGUGCUCCAGCCGACAGACGGCAUGCUCAGCUCGGGCGACAUGCUCGCCGUGAUGGGACCCUCGGGUUGUGGCAAGACUACUCUGCUCGAUGCGGUGUCUGGCCGGACCAGAUCGCACAAGCUCAGCGGCACCGUCUCCUUCAACGGCCACACGCAAGUCUCGUUCGCACAGCGCAGCCGCGUGCUCUCUUACGUUGGUCAAGAGGACUCGCUCCUCGGCGUAUUCACCGUUGCAGAGUCGCUGCGAUUCGCCGUCCGCUUCUACCACGGCUACGGCGCCAGCGCCGAGGAGACGCGCGCACUCGAGGAGGAGACGCUGAGGCUCGUCGGCCUCGAGUCGUGCCGCGACACCAUCGUCGGCGACAUCUUCCGCAAGGGACUGAGCGGGGGGCAGCGGCGCCGCCUCUCGCUGGCGGUGGAGCUGGUCAAGCGGCCCGCCAUCCUCCUCCUCGACGAGCCCACGUCAGGCCUCGACUCGGCCUCCGCCUUUGGCGUGAUGCAGCGGCUCAAGGCGAUGGCGCGCGCCGGGCACGCCAUUGCGCUCACCAUCCACCAGCCGAGCAGCGAGCUCUGGGCCCUCUUUGACAACGUCCUGCUGCUCUCGGGCGGCCACACCGUCUUCUACGGCAAGGCCGCCGAGAUCCCCUCCUACCUUGCCGCUCACGGCCACGCGUGUCCGCCGAUGUACAACCCGGCCGACUUCAUGCUCCAGCUGGUCAACUCGGACUUCCCCGAGCGCUACGACGCGGCGCUCGUGCUCAAGUACGGCGACAGCGCAGAGCGCGCCACGGUCGUCGCGAAGGUCGCCGAGGCGAUGGCAAGCAGCAAGAAGGCGCCGGCCGGCAGCUCGAAGGUGUCCCCGCUCAGCUCCUUCUUGACGCUCUGCCACCGCUUCAGCCUCAACAACGCCAAGAAUCCGGGCAUCUACUGGGUGCGGCUCGUCAUGUACGUCAUGCUCUGCUUGAUGAUCGGCCUGAUGUACAUCGGCCUCGGCGACGAGUACGACUACUCGUCCAUCAACUCGCGCACCUCGAUGCUCUUCUACAUCGCCGCCUUUCUCGUCUUCAUGUCGGUCGCCGUCCUCCCCUUCUUCAUGAUGGAGCGCUCCUCGUUCCUUCGCGAGCGAUCCAACGGCGCCUACGGCGUCGUCUCUUGGGUCUCGGCCAACUUCCUCUGCUCGCUGCCCGGCCUCGCCCUCAUCUCGAUCCUGUCGACGGCGUGCGUGGUGCCGCUGGCCGGCUUGAACGGCUUCGGCACCUUCUUCGCCGCGCUCUUCUGCUCGCUCGUCGCCGCCGAGGGGUUCAUGUGCCUCGUUGGCGCGCUGGUGCCGCAUUACAUCAUCGGCAUCGCUCUCGGCGCGGGCGUCUAUGGCUUCUUCAUGCUGUGCGAGGGCGCCUUCAAGGUCAAGGACGACAUCCCGCCCUGGUUCAUUUGGGUGUACCACAUCGGCUUCCACUCGUACUCGUACCGCGUCUUCAUGUACAACGAGUUCGAGCCGAUCAAGGAGUUCGACGACAGCGCGCCCUUUGCCUCCGGGCACGAGCUGCUCAAGUUCUACUCCUUCGACAAGGUGGACGUCGGUCGCGACCUCGGCGCCCUCAUUGGCUUUGGCCUCUUCUUCCAAGCCUGCUUCGCCCUGGUGCUUCACUUCUUCCACACCGGCCGCCGGUAAGCCGGUUGAUCAAGGUUGCACCGAAGAGCUCACGCUCGCGCAGAGAGAGCGCGAGAUUGUACAUCGGCGUUCGGCUCUCGGCCAGCAUAUCUCUCGCCUCGGGCUGCCGGGCUGGAUUCUUGGCAGGGGCUGCACCGAGCGGGUGUCUAUUAUAAAUUUCUAUUUGCAGCCCCGC